AUGGCAUUCCUCCACAAUGCUACCUGUCUUGGCUUCGAUAUUAGUGAUUUAAUGACCUGCGAUAGAAGAAGCAUGUCCCCAUUCUUCAGCUCAAUCGCUCCAACGGAUAAUCCACAGGCUCUUAUUGCAAACAAGAUCAACCCGUCAAUCCCAAUCUAUCUCCAACCAACCAUGGCCCAGAUUCUUGUUCCGCAUCAUGCAGCAUUGGAUCUGAUCCCUCUGCCGAUACUGCGGGACAGGGCUAUCAUGUUGUCUUUUGCAAUGCCAGAGGUUUUUGACCUUUGGGAUUUGAAGCUAGAUAUUUAUGCUCGGCAUGGGAUUGUGCUGAAGGCGGACAGUGAAUUUUUGCCAUGGGAUCCAAAGAACUGGGAUAUGAAGCCUUGGUUCGGAACCAAAUGGGGUAUUCCUGUUUGUGAAUAA